AUGAAAGACACCAUGCAAGCCGUCGUUUUCAAGGGACCCUUGGAGGUCGCCCUGGAAUCGCGUCCCAUACCCCAGAUCGAGUCGACCGACGCUCUAGUCGCCGUUCGCUAUACGGCCCUAUGCGGAAGCGAACUGCACGUCUUCCGCGGACACCAAAAAUCCGCGACCGGGUUCAUAAUGGGCCACGAGUUCACCGGCGAGAUCGUCCAUGUCGGUGCGGACGUCCAGAAAUUCAAAAAAGGAGAUCGCGUCGUCUCGCCCUUCACAAUCAGCUGUGGCGAGUGCUUCUACUGCAAACGUGGGUUCUCGUCACGAUGCGCUAAGGGUAGACUCUUCGGAAGCGUGCUGUUGGAUGGAGCCCAGGCGGACUACGUGCGGGUUCCCCUGGCCGAUGCGACGCUGGUGGCCGCCCCGGACGCUAUCGACGAGACGAAACUGAUCAUGAUGGCCGACAUCUUUCCGACGGGAUAUUUCGCCGCGAAGAACGCUUUUCAGGCCCUGGGACAGACGGAUAUCCGGGAAAGCACCGUGCUCCUGUUCGGCAGCGGACCGGUGGGCAUCUGUGCACUGAUCAGCGCUCUGGAAUGGAAGCCAAAGCAUCUGAUCGCCGUCGACAGCGUCCCGUCCCGGCUGGAGCUGGCUGAACGCCUCGGGGCCGAGCCGUGGAAUUUCCAGACACAUGCCGAUGGACUGCGCCAGCGCGUUAUGGAUCUGACGGAGGGACGGGGAGCAGAUGUGGCUAUUGAGGUGGUGGGAUUGAGUGCGGCGCUGAAGUCGGCGUUCGAUCUACUUCGUCCGUGGGGCACCAUAUCCAGCGUGGGAGUGCAUAACGACUCGAUUCCGUGGACGGGAAAUGAGGCGUAUGGCAAGAACCUGAAACUGCAAAUGGGCCGAUGCCCGGUUAGAAGCAUCUUUGAGGAGGCGUUGGAGCUGUUGGCCCGAAAGCAGGAUGCCCUUGACUGGGCCUCAUUCGAUAUCCGUCCGCUCUCGCAGGCGGUGCAGGGGUACGAGGAUUUCAACCAAAUGAAAUCCCAAAAGAUCAUCUUCGAGGCGGGGAAAUGA